GGGAAAGGGCAUUUACUCAUAUGUACAGGUGUCCAUGUGAAAAUGGCCUGUCUCUCGUCUUACCACCACUGUUGCCUCUCUAGUUGUUAGUCUCUAUCUUCUAAUUUUGCCUUUUCUUUUUUCUUUAAAGCAGAGAACCGUCGGUCAUCAUCAUCAUCGCCAUUCAACUUAUUCCUUCAUCAGCUCGUUUGUUUUUGUUUACACGUGAUAAUGGAACUAUAGUGCUUCUUCUUAUUCUGCACUUAUCCACCAUUGCUACUACUACCAUUAGCUUUUCUUCACCCGUUCCUUGCUCCUGUGGGUUUUGCAAGUUUUCUUUCCCUCCCUUUUGUUCUCCCUCUGAUUUUCUCCUCCAACGACAAAAAAAGGCAAAGUCGAACCCAGAACCGGGAACCCAGGUGGGGUUUUGGGGAUCCGAGGUUGGUUAGUGGGUCUGGUUUUGAGCUCCGAUACGAAACGGUUUCCUCCAUGGGAAUUGGAGGAAGAGCUCUACCUGGGCUCUUGCUACUGCUGUUGCCCAUUCUUCUUCUCCCUUCCGCUGUCUACUCGGAGUUGUAUGUUCCAAAACCUAGGCACUUGACUCUACUGAAGAGUGCUCUAGAGCGUGAAACUUCGAAUGGAGAGCAUUCAGACAUGUGGACUCCUUUGUCUGAUCAGGGAUGGAAACCGUGCAUUAGAUCAUCAAAUCCCUCUUUAAUACCAGAGGAUUCAGAGGGUUAUCUUCAGGUGUUUCUUGAUGGGGGCUUGAACCAGCAGAGAAUGGGGAUAUGUGAUGCUGUAGCAGUAGCUAAGAUACUGAAUGCAACACUAGUCAUCCCACAUUUUGAGGUGAACCCGGUUUGGCAAGAUUCAAGCUCAUUCAUGGAUAUAUUUGAUGUGGAUCACUUUAUUAAUGUCUUGAAAGAUGACAUUUCUAUAGUUAAAGAAUUGCCUGAUGAUUACUUCUGGAGCACUCGGGAGUAUUACGCUGCAGCCAUUCGAGCCACCAGAAUUAAGGCUGCACCUGUCCAUGCUUCGGCCAAUUGGUAUCUUGACAAUGUAUUACCGGUGCUUCAAAGUUAUGGGAUUGCUGCAAUUGCGCCAUUCUCACAUCGGCUAACUUUCGAUAACUUGCCUUCCGAUAUUCAACAACUCCGUUGUAAGGUGAACUUUGAGGCAUUAGAGUUUGUUCCCCACAUUAGAGCACUCGGAGAUUCUCUCGUCAGUCGCCUCAGAUAUCCUUCUACUCAAGCCAAUGACCAACUGCCUCCAGAAUAUCUGCGACAGACCUCGGAUGUUAUUGUCAAACAAAAGCCAAGCAUGUUUGUUGUUUUGCACCUUCGUUUUGACAAGGAUAUGGCUGCCCAUUCAGCAUGUGACUUUGGUGGAGGGAAAGCUGAAAAGUUGGCUCUAGCCAAGUACAGACAGGCAAUUUGGCAGGGGAGGGUCCUGAACUCACAGUUCACUGAUGAAGAGUUGCGGAAUCAAGGGCGAUGUCCAUUGACUCCAGAAGAGAUUGGAUUAGUUCUUGCAGCUUUGGGUUUCGACAACACUACCCGCCUUUAUCUCGCUUCCCAUAAGGUUUAUGGUGGGGAAGCACGAAUUUCAACACUACGAGAUUUAUUCCCACUCAUGGAAAACAAGAAGAGCCUCGCAUCACCGGAGGAGCGAGUUCGGAUUAAGAAAAAAGCUUCACUAUUAGCUGCAGUUGAUUACUAUGUUGGCUUGCACAGCGACAUUUUCAUCUCGGCUUCCCCAGGAAACAUGCACAAUGCUCUGCUGGGUCACCGCACGUAUAAGAACAUGAAGACCAUAAGGCCGAGCAUGACUUUGCUGGGGCAACUGUUCCUAAACAAGAACAUAACCUGGGGAGAGUUUAGGCAAGCAGUUGUUGAAGGUCAUGGAAGCAGACAAGGGCAGAUGAGGCUAAGAAGAGCAAAGCAGUCCAUAUACACAUACCCUGCCCCAGAUUGUAUGUGCCAUGUUUGA